UUAUAUAUAUCAUUUCCUUAUUAAGUGAAUACUGUUCUAAAAAAUCAGUGUGAUAUUUUUUUUUUUAUAUAUCACUCUUAUCUUCCUUUCUUCACUGAAAAUUCUGAUACAAACUCUCAGUCUACACUCUUCACUUUGCCUUCCCCAUUCCCUGCUUUCGCUUCGGCUUUCGGCUUUCGCCAAGUUAAAUUUUACUAGCUCAAUUCCCUAGAGAGAGAGAGAGAGCGUACACUUACCCUUUACACUAUAAAAGUUAUUUUGCGAGCUAAUAUUAUAGAGAUGGACAUUGACCUAUUUAAGUCCACCCCAGAUGACCAAAUUGAGAUGAUGCUUAUGACGAUGCACAUGGAUAAACCCGGCGCAACAUCCGGGAACGAAGGAGGCGGCAGUCUCCCCUACGACGACAACACUCCAAUGAUGUCGUUUAACGGGGGUGGGAGCUUGCCUCAGCAUUUUAACUCACCAGCUUUCGUAACUGAUCCACAAACAACUAUAUCUUUCUCCAACAACAACAACAACAAUAAUAGUAACAAUUCUUUGUUACCGAGUUUGUUCCCUUCUUAUAGCAACGACAGCAAUGAGAACAACGGAACAUCAUCGUCUCCAUCACAGAAGCAAACAUCAAUGGCUGCAAUGCGAGAGAUGAUAUUCAGGAUAGCAGCUAUGCAACCGAUCUACAUCGACCCUGAAGCAGUGAAGCCCCCGAAAAGGCGGAACGUUAGGAUAUCGAAAGACCCUCAGAGUAUAGCUGCUCGGCAUAGGAGGGAGAGGAUCAGCGAGAGGAUAAGGAUCCUGCAGAGACUCGUCCCUGGUGGUACAAAAAUGGACACUGCUUCGAUGUUAGACGAAGCGAUUCACUAUGUCAAGUUCUUGAAGAGUCAAGUGCAAACCCUCGAACGAUCUGCCAUCAACAACAACAACCGCCCCGUUCCCCCACCGGUAUCCACGGGGAUAGGUUACCCCAGUGGAUAUUCUUUUGCUGGUCAUCAGCUCCACCAUAUGAAUGCUGCACCUCAUCACAAUGUACAACAGUACUCGGAUUCGGAUGCAUAAGAUUUAAUUGACAUAACAUUAUAGAUCGGCGAUGAUAGCUCGUCGUUGAACGGGCCUUAGCUUUUUUCAUUCAUUAGUACAUGUAUCAAGUUCAACAUACAAUGUCUGUAUCUUGGAAUAAUCUAAUUACACUAGAUGAUGCAUUCAUUCAUAGCAAAUGUAACAAGUUUCCCAAUAACACAAGUUGUUGUCUACAUACAAUGGUUAUAGAAUUAGAGUGUAUUCAUUUCAAAUUAUACUCCGUAACAUACAAUCCAUCUCAUAUAUAAUUACCAAAUCAUUCAACCUAAUACCAAAGUAAUUACGAAUAGCAAAAAAAACUCGAACAUUCAAAGAACAGUUACAAGUGACAAGAAUGAACUGAGCUACGAAAAUGAAUGGAACAAGUCAGGUGUUUAUAACCGGUGAUGCAUCUAAAUUGAAACUUCUUUUUUUGAGUAAAUGACCAUCUAAAAAAACGGAGGAAGUAAUAAUUAUCGACCAUUUUUGAUAUGUUGGCAUACCUAGCUUUUACAUAAUAGUGCAAACGAUUGUUCGUGAGCAUACAUGUAUUUAUAAUCGGUACAAUGUAUCUUUGGUGCUAGGCCCAACCUUCAAAUCAUAGGAAAACAAAUUAAUAUGCACGACCAUGUAAUAUAUGGGAAUUCCUGGACCAAGGGAAUUCUACAACCUUUUUUGGUAUGUAUAUAUCAAUAAUUAAUUAGGGAAAAAUGACUGGCAAUUAGAGGACAGGAAAACAAUAUAAAAAAAUAGUUGAAACUAUUUUCACUCUUGAAUUGAGUCCACUAAUUUACGGCUACUUCUAACAUUUAUUCUUCACAUAAUAGAGAGAAGUAGGAUUGUAAUUUAGAGACGGGGGAGUACUUGUAUAAUACUGUAUAUGUUUUGAUUUCUCUCGUUUCAAUAAUUUCACCACGAUUACCCGCGUAAAAUUUUGUGCACAAGAGAUACGAGAAGGUUUUGUUGGAACAGGAUCCACCUGGACUAUCUUAAGCGGAUUUUGGGUGUAGAAACAAUUGUUCACUUAGACAACACCACAGAAGUAACUAUUAGUCUAAUGGUAAGGAUUAUAUCUUACAAACUCGCACAUGUCAUGGUAGUUGGGGCACUUUAGUAGCGGGGUUACCAAACUCUCAAGUCAAGAGGGCUUCUUCGCUAAUUUUGACCAGAUUGACCUUCAACAACACUUUCUAGGUAUAUCCCUAACCUUGAAAAUCACAUACUCCAAGCUAAAAGAGUACGAGUAACAUGCAUAUAAAUAUUACACCAAAAAAAACCAAACAAGUAUAUAACAUUAAAACCUGAUUAUACACAAACGGAUACUUGUUUUAUCCCAAUUACUCCAUUUAUAUGCAGGUUUAAUCUUCAAAUUAACUCUUAAUUUUUCACAAAUCAAUAUCAAAACUACUGAACUGUAAAUUUGACCAUUACAAAAAGACAAACUCGUUCAAUCAAUUGCCUUCAAAUUAAAAAAAAAAAAAAAAAAAAAAAAACAGGAUCAUAAUACAGUAGAAUUGAAUGCGGUACUCGAUCGAUACUUACCGCUUGGAAGAAGAAACAUGUGAAAAUUGAAGAAAAUCCGACUUGUUUUUGGGCAGAAAAAAACAUAAUUAAGGAAGACGCAGAAAGACGUAAUUAUAAUAGAAAACCCAAGUUAUUUGAUGACUCAUCUUCUUUUUCUCCAUGGUGCACAAAUGUCAAUAAUCUCUCACCAGUCAU